CAUUCCACAAAAAGGUAGCGACGCGUGUUGCACGUCAACUACAUCCCGCUCACCUGUAGACCGUGUGCCCCCAUGCUCCGCCACUAUGGCCUCCUGUCUCGUCUGCACUCUAGCCCACGAUCUAGAGCAAGAGCAGAGCACAUCAAUGACGUAGUCGAGGCCGCGCGAGGCUUCAAGCUACCUUCGGAUCCUCCCUAACACGGGGAGCAUCGUCCAAGCUGCCGUUGACUCGAGACAUGAUUGUCGCGGACAUGCAGCCCCGACCAACCCACGCCGCAAUCACCGCCUUCAUCUCCUCCCUCCUCCCGCCCAAACCCACCGACGUCAACCUCCUCUACCACGUCCCCCGACACCCGCGCUACACCCCCGACACUGCGCGCGUAGACCAAAUCGUCCUGAGCGUCACACCGACCCCGGGUGUCUACGAUCUGAUAGGCUAUGCGCCGCCCAGCGGCCACCGCCCGCGCGGCGAAACGGUCCCCCGCCUGCCGCGCACGCUGUGUUUCCUGCACCGCCCAUUCGCGCUCGACCGCCGUCGCGUGCGCAGAGACACGCUCGUGUUGGCCAGCCACACAUCGUUUGACGAGCAUCUGACGGUGGGGUGGAACGUCGCGUUGGCGGGGCUGCUAGGCGUAGAUGCCGGGACGAGCGAGUGCGUGCAGGGCUACAAGGAGGAUCCGGAGAGGAAGAUGGGAAUUGUGGGAACGACGGCGACGACGGCGGUGGCGCUGGAGGGCGUGCUGAGGGAGCAGUUUGGCGCGUUUGAGGCGAGGCUGGGGCAGGGUGGAGACGAGCAGGUGCGCGUGGUGGCGAUUAUGAAUGCUUUUAAUCCAGGGGAGGUGGGGAGAGUUUUAGAGCUGGCUGAGCGGAGGGGCUGGAUUGCCUCGAAGGAGCAUGGAGGCGGCAAGCAGGUGCUGUAUUUGACCGGACAGCCGAGGGAGAGUGGAGUAGCUGCGGCCAAAGAGUACGGACUUCGGGUCGUGUGCGUCGGUCAUCGUGCAGCAGAGGAUUGGGGCAUUCGUUAUAUGUCGAGGCGGCUGAGGGAGGACUUUCCAGGCGUGGACGUGAAGGAGGUGUACGAGGAAGAGGAGCCGACCCUGAAGGAGGUGCGCAGGGGGGAGAGAUCUCGCGAAUGAUCAGUGUGUAUCUACCCUGCCAUGCUGCCUUUGAGUUGAUUGAUAAGUGUGAGCACAACUAAACGUGUAACUCUGUCUUGCUAAGCCGAUAAGGCGUGGCGUUGCGAGCCUCUGGGUGACAGUAGAGCGAUACUCUUGCUUCCAUGCA